AUGAUUCAGGUUUUUAAUCGGGCUACUCCUGAUGGCUCCCUAAUUGCUAAUGGUGGCCUUCUCUGUAUUCGAGGGCUCCCUUUUGGUUGUACUAAGGAGACCAUUAGGCAUUUCUUUUCAGAGUUAGAAAUGGUGCCCAGUGGAAUAAUACUUCCUAUGGACUUUCAGGGAAAGAGCACUGGGACUGCCUUGGUGCAAUUUGCUUCCCAGGAAGCAGCAGAAAUAGCUAUAAGGAAACACAAGGGAAGACCAGCUCCUAGCCAUCUGGGAAAUCUCAAGCCCGUCUCAAUACAAAUGCCCACUCACUGGGGACCCUUUCAGGCAUUCAUGGUCAGGCAGAGACCAGGCCCUUAUGAUACACAAGGUCUUGGAUUGAGGCUUAAAACUAUAAGAGGAAAAAGUUCUGAUAAAGGAAUAAGACCAAGAGUGUGUGAGAGGGUUCAUGGAAAUUAUGAUUGCAAAAAUAGAUCUAAUAAUAACCACAACAUUGAUGUCAACAUCAGUACCAGGAGGAUAGCUGAUAACAGAUAUGGAGAGUUCAUCUUUCACAAUGCAACUUGCCACCAUUGGGUACACAUGAGAGGACUACCUUAUAAAGCAACUGUGAACGACAUUUACCAUUUCUUUUCACCACUUUGCCCCUUGAGAGUGCACAUUGAAAUUGGGCAAGAUGGGAAGGCAACUGGAGAAGCUGAUGUUGAUUUUGUGACACAUGAGGAUGCAGUGGCCGCCAUGGCGAAGGAGAAAACCUACAUGCAACACAGGUACAUUGAACUUUUCUUGUACUCUACUGCAAGAGGAGGAAUGGAUACAUUCACUAGUAAAGUCAUAAGAGCCAGGGGAAACCAGCUCAGAGGUGAUUCUUUUGUGAGGCAACACCUGGAUAUGGGAUGCAGCAUAAGCAGUGGUCUUAAAAACAGCCUGGGAGGAGGAUAUGUGAAUGGAGAACUGAUGAAUGGUCAUUGUUACGGCAAAGGAAACGUUGUGUGUAUGCCAGUGAAGGGUCCCAUCAACAUGUGUGAUAAAUGGAGAUGA